AUGACUGCAGUAAAGGAAAUCAGAAAGAUUAUCAUCAUUGGCGGUGGCCCAGCUGGCAUACUUGCUGCGCUUCAGCUGAAAAAGUGCAAUGGAAUCACACCGAUAGUCUACGAAAUCCGUCGUCAGCCAACAACACUUGGUGGAGCGAUCGGUAUUCCCUCCAACGGUCUUCGGCUGCUUGAUCGCCUUGGUCUCUAUAACGAUGUUGCAGCCCGGGGUGCACUGACGCCUAAACUCGUCUUAUAUGCUCUGAAAGGCUGCGUCAUGGGCGAGAUGGAUCUAUCUUCCUGGAGCGAGCAGCAGACCGGCUUCGGAUACUUGCGUGUCCAGCGAACCGACUUGAUGGAUGUCUUGCUAGGUGCCGCAAAGCAAGCAGACAUCCAAAUACACUACGGCAAAGCAUUGGAGAAGAUCGAAGAACAAGACAACACCGUGACCGCGCGGUUCGCCGACGGGACAGCAGAUACGGCCGACUUCCUCCUCGGGUGCGACGGGAUCCACUCCGCCGUACGGAAACUCUAUAUCGACCCGGGCUCUGUGCCGGAGUACUCGGGCUUUGCAAAUAUGUUUGCUCUCGUUCGACCAGACGAGGUAUGCCCUAGAGCCACGUCUGUCGAAACCAUGAGCGCAACACUCACCUCUGACGGACUUUUCGUCAUUGCCCCGACGACACCGAACCGCGAUCUGCUCUACUGGUUCUUUUCCCGCGAGGUUGCUCUUCCGUCCUUUGGCAAUUUCCGCGACGGAUGGGAGGAGCGCGGGAAAGAGGCAGCAGACACGUUCAAGGCGACUCUUCUGGAUCUCUUGGGGAACCAAAAGUCUGAUUGGAUGGACAUGGUGCACGAGAUCAUCAACAACACGAAUGCCGUCCAUUUCUAUCCGAUCUACAAGAUGCCGCGGGGCAGACCCUGGUCAAAGGGCCGUUGCAUGGUUCUCGGUGAUGCUGCCCACGCAAUGCCACCGCACGCCAGUCAGGGAGUUUCCAUGGCUUUAGAAGACGUGUUCCUAUUCUCAAAGAUGUUGAAUAGUAACAUCGAGAGGCUGGAAGACGCCCUGCAGGUAUACGAGAAGAAGCGCAAGGUCAGGACGGAGGUGAUGUUGGAUAAGGCGGAGUCCAAUGGAUCCUUGCGUAAGUCAACUGCACCUUGGCGUCUUCGAGCAAUAGAGUUGGCUAUCUCUGGAGGAUUGUGGGUUUCCAAGACCACAGGCAUUGACAAGAUGGGCUUCGGCCAGAAACCUCUGGCCUACGAUGUCGAAGAGGAGGAUUUUUGA